UUGCAGAUCCGAAUUGAAGUGUUCUCGCACACAAACAAAAGUCCACAUUUCAAACAAAGCGAAUAUACAGUGGAUGUGAGCAGUGAUGCAACAGCUGGACAGAAUAUCACACAAGUGAGUGCUGGUCUCGACGGUAUUACCUACUCAUUGGACGACUCAUUCUCGGGUCUCUUCGAAAUUUCCAACGAUGGCGUGGUCAGCCUCGGAAGGAAACCAAUCAAAUCUGAGCAGAAUCGCUAUCAUAUCAUCAAAAUAACGGCAACCAACAAGCAAGGCGAAAGCGCAACCACUACGCUGAACGUAUUUCUAAAUGGUGAGAAGAUCACAGUAGUAGCAACAACACCCUCUUCGGCAUCAAAUGAGCGAUGUCAUUUCCUGUCGAAGUUGUACAAUGCACAAAUUCGUGAGAAUCAAUUGGGAAGACACAAAUUAGUCAAGGUGACAUCGAACUGUGAGAAAGAGGGUCGACCAGUGGAAUACGUUAUCGCUCAAGGAUCAGGUAAAUUCUUCUAG